AUCUCUGCUGGCACAUGACGGUCAGCAAGAAUGUUUCCCAGUUUUGGCUAAACCAGAAAUGGGAGAUUUGGGCCAAAGGACUACUGAGCCUGCGUGCACUUGUUUGUAUCAUACAAAUGGCGCCUCCUACCUCGGAGGUGCACCUUGUCCAAAUCCACCCUGCAGCCUAGAGGAUGGAUUUGGGAGCAGCUGGAGGACCCCGCUACCACCUAAAUCGGAAACUCUUCUCCCACCCCAGCAAAGCUACCUUUGUCACACUCCAUUCCACCCAGGGAUGGAAAUCCAGUCCGUGUUUUCCUCCAUACGGCCUGUCCUGGCGGCUCAGCUCCCCAACUCCUCCUUCCCGGUUCCUGGCACGGGCAGCCGGGUCACCUGGCUGCCUGCAUGUCCCGGAACGGAGCGACUAGACCCUGGAGAGGAGUUGGGCUGGACCAUCCUUCCACCCCCACCUCUGGGGCAUCCUCACCCCAGUGCGCUGGCUUCUUUACAUCCCAGCCACAGGGCACACUGGAGACCCCAGACCUGUACUCGCAGGGGCUCCCGGACCCUGUUACCGCAGAGGGGUCCCUGCCCAGGACCCUUCCCUCCAAGAGCCCCAAAGAGGGCUCCAGCGAGCGGCGGGAGGGAAGCCUGCAGGACUGUGCUCCCUCUGUUUAAAGUCUCCAGCCAGCGGCAGCCAGAGGACAGAGGGGCUGGUGACAUCCGGGGGAAGGAUGCCAGGUAGGGACGGCCUGGCAGCUUAGCAGACGGUGGGCCGAGCUGGGGGGAUCUUCGUUCUCCUGAGGAGUGACAGUGAUCGCAUGUAAAAGAACGCAGUGCGGGAUAAAAAUAAAUCUGGCCCAUAAAUAAAGGUGGAAUUUAGAAUCCGUGGAGCAAGUAACUGUCCUCCCGGGUGGCCACCUGCGCCUCUAUCCGCGGUCAGCCACUGGGGGGCGCCCGCCGCCUCCCGAUUUGCUGGGCUGAGCGGAGGGCGACAAGGGGGUGAGGGUGGGGGCCGGCUCUGGGUCCCUGCCGAUGUUCCCUGUGGCCCCUGAUGGCACCUUCCCGCAUCUCCCCGGGAGAGCGUGGCCUCUGUAGGCUGGGGGAGUGAAGUCUUCUAGGACAGCUCCCACUUCCCACCAGAAGCCCAGGUUGCACCUCCCUGUCCCUGUGGGCCCGGCAGAAAAAAGUUGAAUCCGAGGACAGCCCAGAUGUGGAACCCCUGGGUCCCCUAAACCUCGGAGUCCUUCCUUGUUAAUUAAAGCCAAUAUCUGGAAGAUUCUUUUUAAUUUUUAAUAUUUUUAUUUGCUUGUUUUUCGAGACGAGGUUUCAAUAUGUAGUCCAGGCUGGCCCUAAAUUACUAUGGAGCCCAUGCUGGCCCAAACUCAUGGAGAUCCUCCUGCCUCAGCCUCUUCAGUGCUGGGA